AUGCACAUCUUCCUCACCAACGAUGACGGUCCGCCAGAUGCCAGGUCUUCGCCGUACAUUCGCCAUUUUAUCCAGCACAUCCUGAAAACCAGACCCGACUGGCACCUCACCGUGUGCGUGCCCGACCAGCAGCGGUCGUGGAUUGGGAAAGCCAUCUUUGUUGGCCAGGACGCUCACGUCCGAUUUGCGUACAUGGGCCGGGACGCGUCCGACGACGUUCUGUUGGGCCCGUAUCUGCAGCCCCAACGUUCCAUGCAUGGCGCGCGUCUUCCUUGCGUAUCGAACAAGAAUAUCACUUCUGACGCGGUUGAGUUCUGCCUGGUGGACGGAACACCUGCCACCGCUACAGACAUCGGGCUCCACCAUUUGACCACUCACCAGUUUGAUCUGGUCGUCUCGGGCCCCAAUGUGGGCCGCAAUUCUUCAGCCGCGUAUAUGACGUCCAGCGGCACUAUCGGGGCGGCGAUGGAAGCUGUCAUUUCCACUGGGAUGCGCUCUGUUGCGCUGUCGUGGGCGUAUUUCGAUGGUCUCAAAUACGUUGAUGAUGGCAUUAUGAGCAGGGCAUCAGAACAGAGCUGCCGCGUCAUCGAACACUUGUUGGAGAACUGGCAUCCGGAUACACAGCUGUACAAUGUCAAUGUGCCACUGUUAGAUUCGCUUUCCCCGGAAACAAAGGCCAUCUACACACACGUUUUGGAAAACCAAUGGUGUUCGGUUUACAGCCCCGGUUUUGACGCCGAAGCUGCCGACAGUAGCGUUGCGGCUAGCCAGCAAUUCGCGGAUGUGAGUGCGGAAAACAAGGGCAUCACCUUCAAAUGGCAGCCGAAUUUUGCGAAACAGCGCGAAGAAAUCUUCAAAAGCCCCGAGGAUGACUGUAAUGACGGCCGUACGAUAGAGGCAGGCCACAUAAGCGUCACCCCCCUUCGUGCCGUUUUCCACCAGGUCCAGGGGCUACUUGGAGAGUUGACACUUAAGAAUCGCGACAGCGGUGCACUUGCAGCCCCAGAAGUGGGUUUUGAAAGAAUUACGAGUGAAGUGCAUGGAUACCUGUUACUCACAGUCCCGGCCCGGGAGUACAUCUACGACCCUUUGACUGCAGCCAUCAAAAGCCGCCUGCCUAACGUACAGAUAGUUCAUUCUCACCCAAAGACGGCCGAUAACUUGAAGGUUUUACACUAUGGUGACUACGAGCAUAUCGAUAUUGAUAAAUUGGUGUCUGACAACACAUACUUUGCAAAUACCUAUGUUUAUCGCAAGGCUCUCAUCCGCAAACACUUCCUUGCUCAUACCAUACACUCCUACGUCGUCAAAAACCCGGAGUCUCCUUUGGCAAAGGCCUUUUUGGAAACUUUCACCAUCGAUGUGGAUUACGCAGAAUUUUUGGACGACGCCUUGGACGAGAACUGGGAGCUACGGCAAGAGCUAGAGUUGGAGAACAGGUGGUGGAUUCUGAAACCGAGCAUGAGCGACAAAGCGCAAGGUAUAAGAGUUUUUAGGACCAUCCAAGAUUUGCAAGCCAUCUUUGACUCCUUUGACGAAGAGCCACCAGAAAAUGAGGAGGAUGUGAACGAGAAUAGUAUAGUGACAUCCCAGCUGCGCCACUUUAUUGUUCAGGAAUACAUGCCAAACCCGCUGCUACUGCCUUCGGUCAAUUCUCGUAAGUUCCACAUUCGCUGUUAUGUCACGUGUAUGGGUGACUUGGAAGUGUACGUCUACGAUCGAAUGCUGGCGUUAUUCGCGCCAGAGCCAUUCAAGAAACCUGCAGAAAACUUCAAUGCUAUCGACUCUCAGGAUCUCGCCUGUCACUUGACAAAUACAUGCAUACAAAAAGGAGGUUAUGUCAAAGACAACGCCGUUAAAGAACUUGACAUGCUCGAAGGGCUCGCACCAGCGGAAAAAUUGAAAAUCAAGUGUCAAAUUCAUGAUAUCACAAGAGAACUUUUCCUGGCCGCUGUGACGAUUAACAGAAUGAAUUUCCAACCCUUGCCAAAUGCAUUCGAGACCUAUGGAUUGGACUUUUUGGUUGAUUCUCGCUUGAAUGUCAAAGUGUUGGAGGUCAACGCUUAUCCAGAUUUCAAGCAAACAGGGUCGGAACUGAAAGGAUUAAUUGACGAGCUAUUCGACGAAGUCACGAAGAACUGCAUUGUUCCCUUAUUCCGAGGUCAAAAGGAUACUUGUGAAGAUUCAAAUUUCGUAAAAGUACUCGACCACCAGUCUCAUGAUUGGUGA